GAUCCAACAGAGAGCCCAAAGAAAAACGCGAAAUUGUGUUUGAGAUGGCGAGGUGACCUACGUGCGAGACUCUGAUUCCUCUCUCUCUCUCGUUUUUUUGUUUAUAGUUUUCACACGGACCUCUCUCCUUCUUCUUCCUCACCUUGCACGCAUCUUCUCUUUGCGUAGCUUUUCCAGGGGUUUCCUCUGAUUUCGGGCCUUGCCCUUUUCUCUCCUCUUCCUGGGUUUUUGCUUUUCCUCUGCGGACAUAUAUAUGGGCUGAAUUAGGAGUUUCAUGGGAGUUGUGGAAGAUACUGAACCACCUUUGAAACGCGCCAAAACACUUGUCGACGAACCAAACGGCUUCUCUGGUAACUCUUCUGUUAUAGAUAGUGUGAACAACUAUUUGGGGGACCUAAUGGCUAGGCCUCUGACCUCCCAAGGGGACGGAGAAACGAUUGGCUCGAAAGGAGUAAUCAAAAAGUCUGAAUUCAUUAGGAUAAUAACUAGGGCACUUUACUCGCUUGGGUAUGAUAAAACCGGUGCCCUUUUAGAGGAAGAGUCUGGAAUACCUAUGCAUGCCUCCAUCGUAAAGUUGUUUCUGCAGCAAGUAAUGGAUGGGAAAUGGGAUGAAAGCGUGGGUACGUUGCAUAAGAUUGGUCUGCAUGAUGAAAAAGCUGUAAAGUCGGCAUCUUUCUUGCUGCUAGAACAGAAGUUCUUCGAGCUUCUUAAGAUGGAAAAGGUCGCUGAUGCAUUGGGCACUUUAAGGAAUGAGAUUGUGCCUCUUGGUGUUAAUGUGAAGCGUGUUCAUGAGCUAGCUUCCUGCCUAAUAUCACCCUCAAAGUUUCUAUCGCAAAGUGUUUCAAGGUCCAAACUUGUGGAGGAACUGCAGAAUUUGCUCCCUGCUUCUGUCAUAAUCCCGGAGAAGAGAUUGGAAUAUUUAGUAGAGAAGGCCCUUCGUAUUCAGCGGGAUUCUUGUGUUUUCCAUAAUACUUUAGAUAGUGAUUUGUCUUUAUUCUCCGAUCAUCAGUGCGGGAGACACCAUAUUCCUUCUCAGACCGUACAGAUUUUGGAGUCACAUACCGACGAAGUGUGGUUCUUGCAAUUCUCGCAUGAUGGCAAAUAUCUGGCUUCAUCAUCUAAGGAUCAGUCUGCAAUUAUAUGGGAGGUAAAUUCAGAUGGCCAAGUUUCACUGAAGCAUAAGCUAGUUGGUCACCAGAAGCCCGUAAUAACGGUCCAGUGGAGUCCUGAUGGCAGGCAAGUACUAACAUGUGGAUCCGAGGAGGUCGUUAGGCGUUGGGAUGUUGAUUCAGGAGAUUGCGUGUGGAUGUACGAAAAGAAUGGGGUGAGUCCCGUUUCUUGCGGAUGGUUGCCCGACGGGAAAGGGGUAUUUGCAGGGAUGACGGAUCGGAGCAUCUGUAUGUGGGAUUUAGAUGGAAGAGAGCAGGAAUGCUGGAAAGGGCAGAGGACGCAGAAGAUAUCGGAUAUUGCCAUGACCAAUGACGGGAAAUGGCUUGUUAGUGUGUGCAAGGAUACGACGAUAUCGUUGUUUGAUAGAGAAGGGAAAUUCGAGAAACUGAUUGAGGAGGAAGACACGAUUACGUCGUUCUCACUUUCGGAAGAUAAUAAGUAUCUGCUUGUGAAUCUUAUCAAUCAGGAAAUCCGGCUAUGGGACAUUGAAGGGGAACCGAGUCUUGUGUCGAGGUACAGAGGCCAUAAGCGUGCUCGGUUUAUCAUCAGGUCGUGCUUUGGUGGGUACAAACAAGGUUUCAUUGCCAGUGGGAGUGAGGAUUCUCAGGUAUACAUAUGGCACAGAGCAUCAGGGGAGCAAUUACAAGUGUUGCCAGGACAUUCGGGAGCGGUGAACUGCGUGAGUUGGAACCCGACAGACCUGCAAAUGCUGGCGUCGGGGAGCGACGACGGCACCAUUCGGAUAUGGGGGCUGCUCGAUCAUCGUCGGAUAAACCCGGAGGAGAAGGUGGGGCCUCACAGCAGCAAUGGUCUGGUUAUCCAUCAAUGCAACGGUAACUGAAUGAAGAUGAACUUCGUCAGGCAUAAGAGGGGGAAAACGCAGAUGUUUGUUCUUUCUAAAUCUCUGUUUUAGCAAAAUCUCUAUUUGACAAUUCAAUGUACAUCCACCCCUACAAUGCUUUUGUACUCUUUUGCUUUCGUGGUUUCAUUAUCUAUCAUAUUUUGUUCCCUCA